AUGAGAAAUGGUGUCUACAAGGUCCUACCUGAUGGUACCAACAGACUAAUUCAAGUGUAUUGCGACAUGAAGAAGGGUGGAUGGACGUUGAUUCAGAAGCGACAGGACGGCACAACCAAUUUCUAUAGGGACUGGGAGGAUUACAGAGAGGGAUUCGGAGGAGUAUAUGGAGAACAUUGGCUCGGAAACAACGUGAUACACCGACUGACAAAUCAGGAUCACUACACACUUAGAAUUGAGAUGACGGAUUGGGAUAAAAACCAUAAAUACGCGGAAUAUAGCACGUUUGUAGUUGAUGAUGAAGACGAAGGGUACAAAUUGCAUAUCGGAUGUUAUGUGGGGGACGCCGGUGAUGGAAUGAUUAAACAUAACAAUAAAAAAUUCUCCACACGAGAUGUUGACAAUGAUCAAGUUGUGAAGGAAUUUGGUGGAAGUUGCGCAAAGAGAUUCCACGCAGCAUGGUGGUUUUAUAAGUGCUAUCAGAGCAAUUUAAAUGGAAAAUAUUAUAGAAAUGGGAAAAUUGACGAUAAAAAAUAUGAUGGUGUAACAUGGAAACCCUGGACUGGCACUAACUAUUCACUUAAACACGUGGAGAUGAAAAUAAAGCCGAAUUUAGAGCGCAAAGUGACAUAAAUAUCAGAAAGUAUUAGCGCAUUAAAUGAAAGAACUAACCACAAUGCAUAACAC